AUGGCUUCCUUGUCCCUUGGAGGCUUCCAGGCAGAGGUGGCCUUCACGAGUGACUUCCGCCAGUGGAGGCCAUUGGGUCAGGGUGGAUGUGCUGGCUCUGGCUGUGGAAAAUGUGACUGCCAAGGAGUGAAGGGACAAAAGGGGGAAAGAGGCCUCCCCGGGUUGCAAGGUGUCAUUGGGUUUCCUGGAAUGCAAGGACCUGAGGGGCCCCAGGGACCACCAGGACAAAAGGGUGACGCUGGAGAACCAGGACUCCCCGGAACAAAAGGGACGAGAGGACCCCCAGGAGCAUCCGGUUACCCUGGAAACCCCGGACUUCCUGGAAUUCCUGGCCAAGAUGGCCCACCAGGUCCCCCAGGUAUCCCGGGAUGCAACGGUACAAAGGGAGAGAGAGGGCCACUGGGGCCGCCUGGUUUGCCUGGAUUCACUGGAAAUCCCGGACCGCCGGGGAUACCAGGAAUGAAGGGGGACCCAGGUCAAAUACUGGGCCAUGUGCCUGGGACACUGUUGAAAGGCGAAAGAGGGUUUCCUGGAAUCCCAGGGAUGCCAGGCUCACCAGGAUUACCAGGGCUGCAAGGUCCCGUUGGCCCUCCAGGAUUUACUGGACCACCAGGUCCCCCAGGCCCUCCUGGCCCUCCAGGUGAAAAGGGGCAAAUGGGCUUAAGUUUUCAAGGACCGAAAGGGGACAAGGGUGACCAAGGAGUCAGUGGGCCUCCAGGAGUACCAGGACAAGCUCAAAUUCAAGAAAAAGGAGACUAUGCCACCAAGGGAGAAAAGGGUCAAAAAGGUGAACCUGGAUUUCAGGGAAUGCCAGGGGUCGGAGAGAAAGGUGAACCGGGAAAGCCGGGUCCCCGGGGAAAACCUGGAAAAGAUGGUGAAAAAGGAGAAAAAGGGAGUCCAGGUUUUCCUGGUGACUCAGGAUACCCGGGGCUCCCAGGCCGUCAGGGCCCUCAGGGUGAAAAAGGAGAAGCAGGUCCUCCGGGCCCACCUGGAAGUGUUAUAGGCACAGGCCCUUUGGGAGAGAAAGGAGAACGGGGCUACCCAGGAACUCCAGGGUUAAGAGGAGAGCCGGGCCCAAAAGGUUUCGCAGGAAGACCAGGCCCACCAGGCCCUCCAGGCUUCCCUGUACCGGGGCAGGUUGGUGCUCCCGGCUUCCCUGGUGAAAGAGGAGAAAAAGGCGACCAAGGAUUUCCAGGAGUUUCCUUGCCAGGACCAAGUGGAAGGGAUGGGACCCCAGGCCCUCCUGGACCCCCUGGGCCCCCUGGGCAGCCGGGCUACACAAAUGGAAUUGUGGAAUGUCAGCCAGGACCACCAGGUAAUCAGGGUCCUCCUGGAAUUCCAGGGCAGCCAGGAUUGGCAGGCGAAGUUGGAGAGAAAGGUCAGAAAGGAGAGGGUUGCCUAGUCUGUGAUACAGCAGGACUUCGUGGGCCUCCCGGGCCACAGGGCCCCCCAGGAGAAAUCGGUUUCCCGGGACAGCCAGGGGCCAAGGGCGAGAGAGGUUUACCCGGCAGGGACGGUCUUGAAGGCGUGCCUGGGCCGCAAGGUGCACCAGGGCUGAUGGGCCAGCCAGGAGCCAAGGGGGAGCCUGGGGAGAUUUAUUUUGACCUGCGACUCAAAGGUGACAAGGGAGACCCAGGUUUCCCAGGACAGCCUGGGACGCCAGGGAGAGCAGGAACGCCUGGAAGAGAUGGACAUCCGGGUCUUCCCGGCCCCAAAGGCUCCCCGGGUUCAAUAGGAUUGAAAGGAGAACGGGGACCUCCUGGAGGAGUGGGAUUCCCCGGCAGUCGUGGUGACAUCGGUCCCCCUGGCCCUCCCGGAUUUGGUCCGAUUGGCCCUGCUGGUGACAAAGGACAAGCAGGCUUUCCUGGAAGCCCUGGGUCCCCAGGCUUGCCAGGUCCCAAGGGUGAAGCAGGAAAAGUCGUUCCUUUACCCGGUCCCCCUGGAGCAGAAGGACUUCCAGGGACCCCAGGCUUCCCAGGACCUCAAGGUGACCGAGGCUUUCCUGGAACCCCAGGAAGGCCAGGCCUCCCAGGAGAGAAGGGUACUGUUGGCCAGCCGGGAAUCGGCUUUCCAGGGCCUCCUGGCCCCAAAGGUGUUGAUGGCUUGCCUGGUGAUGUGGGACCCCCAGGGAAUCCAGGUCGCCCAGGAUUUAAUGGCUUACCUGGCAGCCCAGGUGUGCAGGGCCAAAAGGGAGAGCCUGGAGUUGGUCUACCAGGCCUGAAAGGGUUGCCAGGUCUUCCUGGCAUUCCUGGAACACCCGGGGAGAAGGGGAACAUCGGGGGACCAGGCAUUCCUGGAGAACAUGGAGCCAUCGGCCCCCCGGGGCUUCAGGGAGUCAGAGGUGACCCGGGACCUCCUGGAUUGCCAGGGCCCAUAGGAUCUCCAGGAGUUCCAGGAAUAGGGCCCCCUGGAGUUAGGGGCCCUCCUGGAGGACAGGGACCACCAGGCUUAUCAGGCCCUCCCGGAGUAAAGGGAGAGAAAGGCUUCCCUGGAUUCCCAGGUCUGGACAUGCCAGGCCCCAAAGGAGACAAAGGGACCCAAGGACUCCCCGGCCUCACUGGGCAGUCGGGGCUCCCGGGCCUUCCUGGACAGCAGGGAUCGCCCGGAAUCCCCGGGUUUCCAGGUCCCAAGGGAGAGAUGGGCGUCAUGGGGACCCCUGGGCAGCCGGGCUUGCCUGGACCCGUGGGGACUCCAGGAUUACCGGGUGAAAAAGGGGACCACGGCUUCCCGGGCUCCUCAGGACCCAGGGGAGACCCUGGCUUCAAGGGUGAUAAGGGGGAUGUCGGUCUCCCUGGCAAACCUGGGUCCAUGGAUAAAGUGGACAUGGGCAGCAUGAAGGGACAGAAGGGAGACCAAGGAGAGAAAGGACAGAUUGGGCCAGCUGGUGAAAAAGGAUCCCGAGGAGACCCUGGGACCCCAGGAAUGCCUGGAAAGGAUGGGCAAGCCGGGCAUCCUGGACAGCCAGGGCCUAAAGGUGAUCCAGGCAUAAGUGGAACCCCAGGUUCUCCUGGGCUUCCUGGACCAAAAGGAUCAGUUGGUGGGAUGGGCUUGCCAGGAACACCUGGAGAGAAAGGUGUGCCUGGCAUCCCCGGCCUGCAGGGGGUCCCCGGCUUGCCUGGAGAGAAAGGAGCAAAAGGAGAGAAGGGGCAGGCGGGUCUCCCUGGCAUCGGGAUUCCUGGGCGGCCUGGAGACAAGGGAGAUCAGGGGAUUCCGGGUUUCCCAGGAGGCCCUGGAGAGAAGGGAGAAAAAGGAAGCACAGGCAUUCCGGGAAUACCGGGCUCUCCGGGCCCUAAAGGAUCUCCGGGGAGUGUCGGCUAUCCAGGAAGCCCUGGGUUGCCUGGAGAAAAAGGUGACAAGGGCCUACCGGGAUUGGACGGCGUCCCCGGCAUCAAAGGAGAAGCAGGUCUUCCGGGGAGGCCUGGCGCCACAGGCCCAGCCGGCCAGAAAGGGGAGCCUGGCAGUGAUGGAAUCCCAGGGUCGGCGGGAGAGAAGGGGGAACCAGGUCUACCAGGAAGAGGAUUCCCAGGGUUUCCAGGAACCAAAGGAGACAAAGGUUCAAAGGGUGACGUGGGCUUCCCAGGGUUAGCCGGGAGUCCAGGAAUCCCCGGAUCCAAAGGAGAGCAAGGAUUCAUGGGUCCUCCGGGGCCCCAAGGACAGCCGGGACUUCCCGGGGCACCAGGCCAGCCUGUGCAGGGGCCCAAAGGAGACCGGGGGCCUCAGGGACAGCCAGGCCUGCCAGGGCUUCCGGGACCCAUGGGGCCUCCUGGGCUCCCUGGGCUUGAUGGACUGAAAGGGGACAAAGGAAAUCCGGGCUGGCCAGGAACGCCUGGGGCUCCAGGGCCCAAGGGAGAUGUCGGAUUCCAGGGCAUGCCUGGGAUUGGUGGCUCCCCAGGAAUUGCAGGUCCUAAGGGUGAUUUGGGCCCUCCAGGGGUUCCAGGAUUUCAAGGUCAGAAAGGGCUUCCUGGCCUCCAGGGAAUUAAAGGCGAUCAAGGAGAUCAAGGCAUCCCUGGACCUAAAGGGCUCCCGGGUCCCCCCGGCCCUCCAGGUCCUUACGAUAUCAUGAAAGGGGAGCCAGGGCUCCCUGGUCCUCAGGGUCCUCCAGGACUGAAAGGGCUACCGGGACCUCAGGGCCCCAAAGGACAGCAAGGUGUGACAGGAUCGGUGGGCUUACCUGGACCUCCAGGUAGUCCCGGGUUUGAUGGUGCCCCUGGCCAGAAAGGAGAGACGGGACCUUUUGGGCCUCCUGGUCCAAGAGGAUUUCCUGGCCCACCAGGCCCUGAUGGGCUUCCAGGAUCCAUGGGCCCCCCCGGCACCCCAUCUGUUGAUCAUGGCUUCCUCGUGACCAGGCACAGUCAGACAAUCGAUGACCCACAGUGUCCUCCUGGGACCAAGAUUCUUUACCAUGGGUAUUCUUUGCUCUACGUGCAAGGCAAUGAACGGGCCCAUGGCCAGGACUUGGGCACGGCCGGGAGCUGCCUGCGCAAGUUCAGCACCAUGCCCUUCCUGUUCUGCAACAUCAACAGCGUGUGCAACUUCGCCUCCCGCAACGACUACUCCUACUGGCUGUCCACCCCCGAGCCCAUGCCAAUGUCCAUGGCACCUGUCACCGGGGACAGCAUCAGACCCUUCAUUAGCAGGUGCGCGGUGUGCGAGGCUCCUGCCAUGGUGAUGGCCGUGCACAGCCAGACCAUUCAGAUCCCGCAGUGCCCCAGCGGGUGGUCGUCGCUGUGGAUCGGCUAUUCCUUUGUGAUGCACACGAGCGCUGGUGCCGAAGGUUCUGGCCAAGCCCUGGCGUCCCCCGGGUCCUGUCUGGAGGAGUUUAGAAGCGCACCAUUCAUCGAGUGCCAUGGCCGUGGGACUUGCAACUACUAUGCAAACGCUUACAGCUUUUGGCUUGCCACUAUAGAGAGAAGCGAGAUGUUCAAGAAGCCCACGCCGUCCACCUUGAAGGCAGGGGAGCUGCGCACGCACGUCAGCCGCUGCCAAGUGUGUAUGAGAAGGACAUAAGGAAGCCGGCUCUCAGCUGACGUCACAACAUGGUGCUACUUCUUCUUUACUUUUAACAGCAACGAACCCUAGAAAUAUAUCCUGUGUACCUCACUGUCCAAUAUGAAAACCAUAAAGUGCCUUAUAGGAACUUGCGUAACUAACACACCCUGCUUCGUUGGCCUCUAUUUGCUGAAGGAGAAAAAAAGACAACGAUAAGCUUUUGAUAGUGGCAUACCACGUGGCACUUUUGAUGAAAUGAAACGUAAGUCUAGUCUACAACCAAUGCACUGAUGUGUGAAGUGAGAACGCCAUCAGAAAACCAAAGGUGCUAGGAGGUCUGCAGCGCCUUCCCACUGCUGCCGUCUUCAUUCCUGUGUGAUACAGAUUGGUUUUUCACCCCGGAGAUAAACGUGUGUUAUCGCACUGUCCAGCUGUUUCAAAAUUCAGGCCCCACAGUCUGCACAAAUAAUAGCAAUGUAAAAAAUGGUUUUUCUGAACCUCCAAAUGGAAUUACAGACUCGGUAGCCAUCCCUUCCAACCCCAAAUAUAAAGUGAUGUCUUUCUGCUAUGUGUGGUACUACGCAGCUGCUUUUGCAGAAAUCACAACUUUCCUGUGGAAUAAAGAUGGUCCAAAAGUAGUCAGAAAUUAAAUAUGUAUAUUUUAGUAAUUUAUAUAGAUGUCAGCAAUUAGAUCAAGUUUUAGUUUAACUUCCACCGUUAAAAUAAAGCUCCAUAGUUUUCUUCCUUUACAAGGCUGUGCUGUCCUUUAACAUAGGGUUUUAAACACUAGGAUAUUGAAUGUGAAACAUCAGUUUUCAUCGUUCACUUCCAAACCAAAAAUUAUGUAUUGCCAAAGCCAAACCCAGGUUCACGAAUAUGGUGUCUAUUACAAUGAAACAUGUACUUUAAGCUUACUGUUUUUAUUCUGUAUUACAUAUUUUCAGGGUUUUAAACACUAAUCACAAACUGAAUGACUUGACUUUAAAAGCAACAACCUUAAAGGCCUUCAUUUCAUUAGUUUUCCUCCUUCUGCAUCCUGGCUUGAAAACAGCUCUGUUGAAUCAAAAUAUCAGUAUUUUUACAUGUAAGCACAUUCAGGCCACUUCCUGGUUUCUCAUGAGCUGUGAUCACAAACUUCAGCAGGGUAAUGCGUGGACCGCAGGAGGGCAGAUUUGGACCGCUAUGCCUGAAGUGACAAUUCACUAAAAGUCUCCAAAACGUUUUUAAGACUACUAAGGCCUUUUAUGUAAUUUCUUUAAAUGUGUAUUUCUUAAGAAUUCAAAUUUGUAAUAAAACUAUUUGUAUAAAAAUUAAGCUUUUAUUAAUUUGUUGCUAGUAUUGCCACAGAAGCAUUAAAAGAAAAGUUACUGCAAAAGCUGCUAAUAAAUUGUAAGCUUUGCAUACCGUA